AUGGACGAAGCUAUCAAGAGAGGGGGUCAUUUCGAUACAAUUGUUGGAAAACUGAAGAGUGAUGCUCUCCCAGUGAAAGAGUUUUAUGUGUUCGGGGGUUCAUUUCAGCCUCAGAAAGGGGGUAACAAUCUAUGGAAUCUGCAACUUACUUCCAAGGUCUACAAUAUCGAUGAAACUGAGCCAAUUCCCGAUGACACUGAGAAUACCCAGCAGGAGGUCGGUGUAUCUUCUGCUACCGUCACCGAACAAGAAAAAAAUACUACCAACAUUUCCUCUGCUUCCUCUCCACCAGAAGACGAAAAGAAAGAGCUUUCACGAUACCAGCCUCGGAUAAUCGUACCAUCUUGCUAUAACUUCAAGCAAAUUCCUCCCAGUCCCCCAAUCAUGGUGCGAACAGGACCCAUGUUCUGGAGUAUUAUGCCUCGAACAAGAAUCGCGACAUUUUUACGUACGCUGGCUGAACGAGUCUGGAUUAUGCUCUGGUUGAUUGGGGGUAUGGUCGUUGACCCUCACCCUUAUUUUGCGGAUUAUGCUGUAGGUCUUUAUCUUGAUCGCCCGGCUGCGCUGAGGACAAUAUUCGAGGAGGACCGGUAUCAUAAUCGACUUGGUUUUUAUGGUGAUUUAUGGAUUUUUAUCUUGAAUACAUUUAACAUGAUUGUUUAUAAUAUUGCUGUGAAUGCGGUGUCUAUUGGACGGAUAGUUGUUGUUUGGCAGAUGCUUGAUGCUUAUGGGUCAUGUACAAGUCUUGAUUGA